AUGCGCUGCAUUCACAUGCGCUCCGCCCAUCCCACCGCCCGAGUCGUCGCUCAAGUCCUGGUCAUCGCAGCCAGCCUCUGCGCCGUGAGGUGCCGCAAACCAAGGGCUGGUCUGCAGGCACCGGCCGACGCAGGCAACCCAUUUCCACUCCCUUCCGGGCGACCGGCGACGCACGGCGCCCCUGCGGUGGACAGUGCGGGUGAGGGGGAGAGUUGGCAAGAAGGCGCCAGACUCUCCUCAAGGUCAAGCCUGGCCCCGGCCAGAGCCAGCCCUGCCGACGACCGCGGCCCAAAGGUGCAGCAAACACAAGCCGCUGGUCCAGGCGACGCCGCGCCAAAUGGGCUGGGCGCAAGGCUCCUCGCCCAGGAGGCAGGGGAGAGCGUGGGGGACCCCGAAAUCCCGGCGUCGGAGGAGGCCAGGGUGCUGGACACCAGGUACCCCUUCAGCACGGUGGGGCAGACGGGCGGGGGCUGCACCGGCGCCCUGGUGGGCCGCCGCUGCUACAUGACCGCCGGGCACUGCGUGUACGACCCCGCGGAGGGGGCCGCGAAAGGCGGCCUGCGGUUCGCGCCGGGGAGGAACGGCAGGGAGGCGUGGGCCCCGCACGGUAGCUUCGGCGCGCGCGGAUGGCGGGUGCCCAACCGGUGGCUCACGGCGGGGGACGCGCGUUUCGACGUGGCCAUCGUGAGGCUGGCGGAGCCCGCGGGAGAAGCGCUGGGGUACAUGUCGCUCGGAACCGACGGCCUCGAGCCCAUGGCAAAUUUAAACAUAGCCGGGUACCCAAAUGACAGGAAUGAAAGCGAGAUGUGGUACGACUACUGCCGCCACGUCGAAUUCGCCCUUGGGGAGCGCGCCUUUGUGGACCAUUCCUGCAACACCACAAAUGGGCACUCUGGCGCGCCCAUGUGGGUGUUCAAGGGCGAUUCGAAUUUCCGGGAAAUUCGGGCUAUGCAUGUCGGCGGGGAGAUCCUGACUGCAGCGGAGAUCCGGGAUGAGAAUGGGGUGCUGGUGAGGGGGGGGCGCGUCCAAGAGCGAGCGCAGGCUGUGAUAAUGGACGGAGCCUUGCUGGCGGAGCUGCAGCUAAUCAUGGAAGAUUUGGGGUGUUGA